UGUUUGUUUUGUUGUCUUGGUAGCCGCACGCACGCAGCGCGGAGCCGAGCCAAAGAUGUCUGCCACGGAGGACGACACCGAGCUGCGGGAUCUUCUAAUCCAGAACCUGGAGAACAGCGGGGUCCUCAACAAACUGAAGGCAGAGAUGUUUGCCGCCGUCUUUCUGGCGAUGGACGAGCAAGAUAAAAUGGAGAACAAAACGUCACUCGUCAAUGAAAACCUGAAGAAAUGUCUGAACACCAAAGACGGACGUCUGGUAGCUGGACUGGUCAAGGACUUCCUUCAUGUCUUCAACCUGGACUUCACCCUCGCCGUGUUCCAGCCUGAGAUCAACACUCUAAAUGUGUUGGACAGUCGUGAGCAGAUGUGCAGGGAGUUGGGUCUGUCAGAGACGGAAGUGAACAGGAACUCUCCUCUGCUGCUGGAAGUGGCCAAGAGAAGCCGACACAAGGACAGAGUCAUCAUGGCGGAGGGAGACGUGCCCCCACACAUUCCCAAGGAUCUGACUCCCAAACAGAUGGCAGAUGCCAGGAAGACAUUUGACUCGUAUGACAAGGACAAAAGUGGCACCGUUGGAAAAGAAGAUGUGAAAUCUGUCUUCUCAGAUCUCCUCCCUCAUUUUAACAAGAGCAUGUUGGAGAGGUUUGUCAUCGAUGAACUUCGAGCUGCUGACAAAAUUUUGAGUAGAAAAAUAGACUUCCAGGAGUUUGUGGAACUUUACAAACGGCUCUUCGCUCAGUGCAGAAGUGUGGUUGUACAAGACUCUGGUGACACCAACCACACUCCCGGUAUGUUGAUGAAGGAGAGAGUUAACCCAUCCCCUACCAGUAAGAUCCCCAGGUAUAAAGGCCAUGAGCACAGAGGACAGGAAAACAGAACUGCCAAGGGGCCGGAGUCGAGCCGCAGUGAGCCCAGUACAAAUACUAUGGGGAAAGAGGAUGUCCAGCUGGGCUCCAGGCUUGCCGAGCAGCCUGCAGACGGCAGACAGAAGAGGGCACUGGACCUGGACCUGGAGGUGGAGGAGGAUCCAGACGAGGGAGACUCCUUCUUUGACGACCCUCUGCCGCACAUACAGAAGACCUACAGCUGCAGCAUUCCUCCUGUGGAAGAGAAGUUUCCUUCAGGAAAGACAGACAGCCUGAAAGAGAAGUCGGACUCGUCGCGGGCCAGAGACACCCCCUCUGAAUCCCUCUCAGAACCAGAACCCCCAAGGAGAAGAGCUGAACCCAGCUUCAGCAGAAAUGGUUCGUCAGACUCCGUAGAGAAGGGAGGCAGAGAUUUGAAGGCGAUGAAAGAUAAAUCUGGAUCUCUGGUCUUAGAUGAAGACAUUGAGUAUGAUGAAGACUUUAACAGCCAUCGCUCAGACAUCUCCAGGAGCGAACUGAGCAUCGGGGAGGAGAUUGAGGAGAUUUCCAUCGAAGGACCCGACAACAGCGAUAAGUUUGACGAAAGCACGCAAGACCUGAGCGUCUCUCAGCUCAGCCAAAGUCACGGAGCCGAUUACAUUGAGGAGGUGGCCUGACGCUCCCAUCAUGCACCUCUGAGCAACUCUCAUAUUUAUGUCUGUAUAGUUCGAUGGAGAUAUUAAAAGGAAUAAAAUUGAUAUCAUAA